GGUUCCCGGAAGGCUGUGGUAGCAUGUCCGGCAAGGUGGUCAAGGUUGAGCGUGCCCUGUAUAGCCUAAAACAGAGUGGCCAUGAGUGGGGGUUUGAAGCUGCCGACGCCCUCAUCGAGAAUGGAUACGAGCAGGUUGACCCGUGCGUCUUGCGGAAGGUAGUGGAUGGAGAGGUCGUAGGUCUCAUCGUGAUCUACGUUGAUGACAUCUUAGUGGCGGCAGACGAGGGAGAGCGAGAGGAGUUGUUCGCUUCCCUAAACAAGAAGUUUCCGGUGAAAGAUCUGGGGGAGUGUACCUGGUACGACGGGUGUGCUAUCGCCAUGGAUGUAGAAAAUGGCAUCACCAAGCUGUCCCAGACAGCAUACAUUGAGAGUAUGCUGAAGAGGUUUGAUGUGACCACGACCGCUUUCACCCCUGCUGCCGCCGAUGCAGAGAUAGGGCCGAGGAGAGAUGACGAGCCCGCGGUGGAUAAGCCUGUGAGGGAGGCGAUCGGAUGCCUGAUGUGGGCGAAGCUGACGAGGCCAGACAUCGCCCUGCCUCUGAACAAGCUCCAGAAGAUCGCCCACUCACCCACCGGGAGGAUAUGGAACGCGCUUGUGCGGAUCAUGUCCUACCUCAACG